UAUUUUAUUUCAAAUUGUCAGACGACAAUGCCGAAAAUUUUCAUUGCGAGAUCCGAUAAACAGGAUUAAAGGGUGUUGAAAAUUUCAUUUUCAGCAAUAAAUAUGCAUUCUACUACCUUAAAAGGAAUUUUUCCCGAACCGAAGCCCAUUCACCGACGAAAUUUUAUUAAAGAAAACAUGAAGUCUAUUAAACACAUGCAAGGCAUUCUGCAGGACGUGGGAGUGAUACAACCCCGAAAACAGAAAUUUCCCGAAAAAUAUAAAAACGUGCCUCGAAUGAUAAAAUCUAGAGACAGUUCGAGCACCAGUAGUCAGGCACUGGUUAAACCAACUAAAACAGAACAAAAAGCAACCCAAUCGACAAAUCCUCAGAAUUCAGUCAAAUUAGUUAAAAGCAAAUUUGUCAGGAAAAAAUGUGAUGGAGAUGAAGGCAGAAUUUCUCAUAGGGCGAUGCAAACAGAGAGAGAGGAAGAUCUUCCUCACUUAUAUGAAACUGGUGUUAUAAAAUAUGCCAGCCCUGGAAUUCCUAAAUUUGAAGUAAAAAAUAAGAAACCUGAAUGUACCUUAAAACCACCACAAAGUGGCCAGGGUGAUCAAAAUGAUCAUAUGGAAGGUAAAUUAGCGCAAUUGGUUCUAGAAGACAAAGAUUUUAUCAAAGAUAACAAGCAAAAUAUAAAACCUAGACCAAUUAAGCAAAAUUCAACCAAAGUACCUUCACAGGCUCCAGCUUCUUAUAAAAGAGGUGAAUUGCCAAAAUAUUUGAAAGAUAAAAAACAAGAAACCGAAGAAGAACCAGAACCAGAAUGUCCCCCUGGACACAUUUUGCUCCCAGAAGAAGAAAGGAAAGAAACAUUAAGAGUUUUAAGGCAAAGUUAUGCUGCUAGGAUACAGGAGUUAAACAUGAUGCCUGUAAGAAAUGACACUCUCAAAAUGAGAAGAAGAAAAAUGGAUAUUGAAGAAGAGCUGAAACGAAUUGACGGUGGUAUAAAAGUGUUUCAGAGGCCAAAAGUGUUUGUCAAAAUUAAUGCCUGAAUAUCUAGGACACAGGAGAUAGUUUAAU